AUGGCGACAUUCAAGCAGUCCGAGCAGGACCGAGGGUUGGAGCAGAUGCCGCCUGAGUACCAGGUGCAUGAGUCUCCGCUGUUGGAGGAUUCUGUCUUGGGGGCGCUAGUGAACACGAUGGACCCGGCAUCGCUGGCCGCACUGGCCGUGUUGACACUGCCGACGUCGGCUUCGCUGCUGUUCGAACCAGAGCUGCUCAUGGCGGUCGGUGGGCGGAAUCGCAACUGA